AUGACCUUGCAGGCCAAGGGAGCAGCUCUCAUCGGUCUCAUCAUUGAAGAGUUGUUGUAUGGGGCUGCGCUCCUAAUGUUUGCUUCUACCGCAUGGGUCGUCCUCACCGACGUAGGUCCGCGGUGCCGUUCCAGCUGCAUCAUGAUCUUGAUAGCGACUACACUCUUUAUUAUGAGCACGGCGCAUAUGGUCGUCGUUGUACUCCGGCAGUACGAGGGUUUUGUGACAUUGGACACAGACCCAGAGUCCUUCUUUCAAUUAUCUUCGAACCCUUUCGUGACAGCAAAGGUUGUCAUUUAUGUCCUGGAGACAUUGUUAGCCGAGACGCUACUGGUGUACCGCUGCUACCUUGUGUGGCAGAAAAGGUGGUUAGUCCUCCCAUUUGUCGUAAUCGACAGUGCUUCAUUGGCUAUUGGAAUUUGGCUAUGCGUGAAUGUGGUGCAAUCCGGCAUGGCCUUCCACGACGUUGUUACACACGCCCUUUUUGUCAGCGUCUAUGUCAUGGUUCUUUUCACGAACCUCACCACCACAGGUUUAUUGAGCUAUAAGGUGUGGAUUACCCAACGCUCCGCCCCUCCAUCUUGCCGGGGGCUGCUGCGCCCUUCACUAGAAGUAAUCUUAGAAUGUGGAGUGCUGUACUCGCUUUGUUUGAUCGCCGUUGUGCUGUCUGCUACUUUGACAACAUAUGGUCUCGACAUAAGCAUCAAUAUGGUUGGCCAGAUGAUACCUAUCACUUUCUACGCUGGUCUUCUUCGUGUGAGGAUGUCCAGACGGUCCACUGAGUGUAGUCUCCCCACACCGGGUUGGCAAUGCCAAGUUCUCCCCCAAAAUGCAGGCUUAGCAUCGUACAAUGCAGAGAUUGAAAUUCGCGUAUCAAACGUUUCCGAGGAACGCCACGACUCCUUUGAACCCUAUGAAUGCAUAAAAUGCUCUGAUUCAUCCGCUGUUUGA